CACGCACUCCGCCCGCUUCUCCCCAUCGCAACCUUGCGCGCCUGCAGAGAGAAUCCAGAUUGGCAGCAAUCGGCCCAAGGAAAUAAUCCAUCGCCACUCAACGCCCACCAAGGAAGAAAGCAUUCGCUGUUUGUCGCGCAUCGUUCGUCGCGACGGGGAUUUACUGAAGAGCACGCCUUGCUCCUGCGCGAUCGUCUGAGGAGCCGCUGGUCGCGUGCGCUGUCGCUCUAUCAUCUCGAGGGCUUAUCAUCUCGACAAGAAGCCGCCUGGUCUUUCCGAAACCUUAUGGCUCCCUGAACCACUCGACAUCGGAUUUUAUUUUCGACGUCACCCUCUCCACAGACCACAGACAACAGGCCACACACCACACAACCACCACCCGAGCAACCAGUUUGACUUUUGCCCCAACUUCUGCCUGCCGUACCUAUCACGCCAGUCAGCGACAGACAGUCCGUGUCCUGUCCACACCCGAGCGCCUGUCCGCCAGCCCGUUCUUCACACUUCGCUGCAGCACCGACGCGCUCCCCAUCUUUGGAGCGCGCAAACCCUAGAACAAAGUGGCGGCCCUUGCUCUCCUCAACCCGGCCGAGCCCGAGCUAUCGCAAUCGCCGCACCAUUUCGAUAUCGCACCCCACCUACUCAGCGACACCACCCUCGACGUCGACGUCGGAGACGAGGCCAUCGAGCGCUUGAUGAUGGCACAACCCGUGCCUCAUCAGACGACGGCCGACAAGAAGCGCGUCAAGGUCUACGAGCUUCGCAACAAUGACUGGUUUGACCGCGGCACCGGUUUCUGCACCGCCUGCUUCGUCACGAUCCAGGAAGAGCAAAAAGAACCCCGCGUAAUCGUCCAGUCAGAAGACCAGCCGGACAGACUACUGCUCGAGACCAAAAUAGUGAAGGAAGAUGGCUUCCAGAAGCAGCAGGGCAUGUCACUCGACCUUUGCGGUAUCCGGAACACCCUCAUUGUUUGGACCGACAAUGGCGUCGACAUGGCGCUUUCCUUUCAGGAGGCAGAUGGAUGCCAGGCAAUAUGGAAAUUCAUCGACCACGUUCAACAACAAUUCCAGGCCGCCAUGGGGGGACCAGAUGAUGGUCUCUCAGACGACUUGGCGAUGGACAUGCCCACCUCCAUCCAGCUCCCGCCUGCUGAGCUGGGGACGCUGAUCGAUAUAGAGAAUACCCUGCGGAACCUUUCGCAAUCCCCGUCCGGCCGCGAUGCCCUCGCCAAAGCAAUCAUGAGCGAAGACUACAUCGCCAAACUUAUUCCACUAGUAGAGAUGGCCGAGGAUAUGGAGAGCUUGGGGGACCUGCAUCAUCUCUGCAACAUCAUGAAGACGGUGGUGUUGCUGAACGACACCGGCCUCAUCGAACAUGCCGUGUCUGACGAGUGUGUUUUGGGAGUUGUGGGUGCGAUGGAGUACGAUCCCGAUUUUCCGACGCACAAGGCGAACCACCGGCAGUGGUUGAACAACCAGGGGCGGUAUAAGGAGGUGGUCAGGAUCCAGGAUGACCAAGUGCGACGCAAGAUCCAUCAGACCUACCGACUACAGUACUUGAAGGACGUUGUGCUUGCUAGGAUCCUGGACGACCCUACCUUUUCAGUCCUCAACUCGCUCAUCUUUUUCAACCAGGUCGAGAUCGUGCAGCACCUCCACAUGACGCCCGGUUUCAUGACGGAUCUCUUUGCCGUGUUUGGCGACCCGACUGUGCAGCCGCUGCGCAAAAAGGAAGCCGUCAUUUUCAUCCAGCAAAUGUGCGCCAUCUCGAAGAACCUCCAACCACCUGCCCGCCAAGGACUCUAUGGCAACUUCCUCCAGCAAGGACUUGUUCCCGUUAUCAAUUACGGGCUUAGGCACCCUGACGUGACGGUCCGGGUUGGUGCUACAGACAUUCUCGGCUCCAUACUCGAGUUUGACCCCUCCAUGAUCCGAAAGACCAUCUACGAGCAGACCCAUAGAAAACAAGCGCCCCUGACCGACGCCCUCAUCGAUCUCCUCCUCGUCGAAGUGGAUCUGGGGAUCAAGUCGCAACUUACAGAGUCACUCAAGGUGCUUCUAGACCCAAAUGUUCCCGGCAGCGGCCCCCCUCCAGAAAACAGAGAGGGCUUCAUGCCCAAGGGAAAACAUCAGGUUUCUUCCGAUCCCCAGCAAGACGCGUUCAUUGCCCACUUUUAUGAGCACUCGGUCGCCAAGCUGUUCAAGCCGCUGCUUGACCUCGAGAAGAGGCCUAACAUGAAGUUUAAUGCCCUCGAAGAUGGGAUUUUCGGGUACUUGAACGAGAUUCUCUGCUUUUACAUCAGGCAUCACACUUUUCGGAGCAAGCACUUUGUGUUUGACCACAACAUUGCGUCUAGGUUUGCGCAGCUUCUUGCCUGCAAACAGAAGCACCUCCAGCUUGUUGCGAUCCGCUUCUUCCGCCACCUCAUCCUCCUUCGUGACCCUUUUUUCACCAAACACCUAUCCGACAGGCGAAUUUUCGGCCCAGUCUUGGACACGCUGCUGCGGACGCUGCCGCGGGACAAUCUCUUGUCUUCGGCGUGCCUGGACUUUUUCACGUCGAUUAAUUAUGAGGGGGAUCGGGAGUUGGCCAGGCACAUCAUGGAGAAUUACCGGGAGAAGGUAGUGGCGCUGAGCCAUGUUGAUUACUUUAGGGGGAUGUUGAUGAGGUGGGAUCAGAGCCGGGGGUAUACGGUUAGUGAGGUGGAUGAGGAGGACGAGGUGAGGGGGGUGGGGAGGGGGGCGAUGAUGGAGCAUUUGGCUGUUGAUCAGGCGCAGGAGGAGUAUUGGAAUAGUGUUUCUGAUGAUGAGGAGGAGAAUCAUCAUCAUCAUCAUCAUCGUCCUACGGGCGUGGUGGUGAAUGGGGGGAAGCUGCCGCUGGUGGAGUACACGUCUGAUGAGGAGGAAGAGGGUGGUGGGGGGGAUGCGGUGAUGACGACGACGACGACGACGACGACAGCUGUGGAUGGGGGGGGGAGUGAGUCAAAGGAGAAUGAGAAGCCGGUGGUGGUGGUGCCGAGUACGCCGCCGCCGGAAAGGUUAUCGGAGAAGAGGAGGAGGGAGGAGGAUGAGGAUGACGCGCUGGAUAAGCUGAUGCAGCAUAAGAGGAGGAAUAGCAGUAGUGCAGGGAGUAAUUCUUCGUUGGGGUCGUCAGGGGUGGGGGGGAUGUUGAGGAAGAAGGGGAGUUUUCACAACAACAACAAUAACAGUGGGAAGGCGAGGAGUCGAGAGGGGAGUCCGAAUGGAGGAGGAGGGGGUGGACAGAAGAAGAUUGCGAUUAGUAUUGCGCCUGUUUUGAAGACGGCGGUUGUGAGGGCGGGGAGUCCGGCGGCGGAAGAGGGAGGGAGGGAAGUGAGGGGUGGGGCUGGGAUUUAAUAUUCUUUGUUGGGGUUGUUGGGGUUGUUGGGUUUUUUUUCUUUCGUCUGAAAAAUACAUUCAGUGCUUUUUGUUGCUGUGAAUGGUAUAUAUUUCGCCGGCUCGCUUCGUUCUUUUUUCUCUUCUUUUCACGGUCAGCGUUUUUUCGGUUAUUUCAUUCAACAAUGUCGGCACAAUACCAAAAAUUCGAUCUUUUUUUUUCUUUUUUUCCAUGGGGCGUUUUGGGUGGGGGAAGGAAAGGGAUGGGAAAGGGAGGUUGAUGGAGGACUCUCUCUGGGACUGGGUAGGGACGAGGUGAUUGGGUGGGUUUGGGGUUGGGGUUGGUUUUUUUCUUUGCUUCUCUUGCUUUUAUUAUUCAGCGGGCUUUUUUCGUAUCAGCACUGUGUUUUAAACUUUUUUUUUUUACAAAGAAAUCAUAUUUGCAAGGGGACUUUGCUUGGGGACU